GUAGCAUCGCGGGACAUCGCAGCGCAGACGUUGGUUGAGAUCAGCCCGGUGCUGCUCUUCACCCCAACAGAGUAUGAAGAGCACGGCCGACACACCCUCAUUCACCACUACACCUUCAAAUGGCGCGACGGGCGCAUGGCGCUCGCUCUUGGGCUAGGCUCCCUCUUCAAUCACUCCUCGAGCCCCAACGUAUCGUACAUUAUCGACACAGAGACAGAGUCCAUCCGCUAUACCACGAUACGCGCCGUCACAGAAGGGGAAGAGCUCUGCAUUUUCUAUGGGCACAAGCUCUGGUUC